CCCAGAACUUCAGUACCCAGUUGGAGAACUUCCCCAUACGGUGGAGAAGACCUAGGCUCAUGCUAGCGCUCGAUUCCACGGGCGGGGAGUAUCGGCCAUCAUCUUGGGUGCGAAUUCGGAUAGAUUCAAUACUUCAAUGGGCCUUGAAUGCCCUGAGAAAUAUCAAGAUGAAUUAUCGCUUAUUCUCCCCUCUGGGUUUGCCCAAGGAGACUUCAUAUUAUUUGGCGCUCGCUUUACGCAGAGAAUAAUUACCUAAGGUAUCCUUGACGAACACGCGGGUGACACAGAUUAACAUACACAAUAUGGAUAUCGAGGAUAUUCUUUCUAAACUCACGCUCGAUGAGAAGAUCGACCUUCUUUCGGGUGUUGAUUUCUGGCAUACUAAGGCCAUCCUCCGCUUGGGAAUCCCAUCACUCCGCAUGUCAGAUGGCCCGAAUGGCGUCCGGGGAUCACGACUAUUCAACGGCGUGCCAGCGGCAUGUACCCCUUGUGGUACCGGCUUAGCUGCGACAUGGGACGAAGAGCUCAUCCAGGAAAUUGGGCAACUAAUGGGUAAAGAAGCUAUCGCAAAAGGUGCUUCGUUACUCUUAGGUCCAACUGUCAACAUUCAGAGGUCACCGCUUGGUGGGCGUGGCUUCGAAAGUUUCAGCGAAGACCCUGUUCUAGCCGGGAAGAUGGCCGCUGCUGCUGUCCGAGGUAUUCAGUCCACAGGCGUGGUUUCUGUUAUCAAGCACUUCGUCGGAAACGACCAAGAAGAGCAACGCCAAAGCGCCGACUCAAUUAUACCACCCCGGGCGUUGAGAGAAGUAUACUUGCUCCCAUAUCAAAUUGCCGAGAAAGAAGCGAAGCCAAGAGGAUACAUGACUGCCUACAACAAGGUGAACGGAACUCACGUCAGCGAGAACUCCGGAAUCCUCCAAAACGUUCUUCGGGAUGAAUGGGGCUUCGAUGGUGUUGUUAUUAGCGAUUGGUAUGGAACCUACUCAGUUGCGGAGUCAAUCAAUGCUGGUCUUGACAUCGAGAUGCCGGGACCAAGUCGUUGGCGAGCAGGCCUUGCGAAGCUUUCCGUCAAUUCGAGAAAAGUGACGCAUCACACUCUGAACCAACGUGUACGAAACAUUCUAAAGACGAUCGAUCAUGUAGCGCCACUCAAACUCUCGGAGAAUUCAACGGAGGGAACAGUCAACACGCCAGAGAUAGCCCAAAAAUUGCUACGAGUCGCAUCAUCGGGGAUUGUACUGCUAAAGAACGAGCGGAACAUACUGCCAUUAGAUAAUGGAAAGACUACUGCAAUAAUUGGACCAAACGCCAAAUUUGCAGCGUACAGUGGUGGUGGUUCCGCGACUCUAAGGCCAUACUAUGUUGUGACCCCCUUUGAAGGAGUCAAGGCUCAUAUCGAUUCUUUGGAAUACGCUCUGGGGGCGACCGCAUACAAGAAGCUGCCUAUGCUAACAUCAAUAACCAAUGCUCCCAACGGAUCACCCGGGAUGGAGAUGCGCAUUUAUGCAGAGCCGCACUCGGUGAAGGAUCGAACUCCCGUCGAAAGGUUCAACAUCGACAACUCUAGUUGCUUUCUCAGCGACUACAAGCACCCUGAUAUCUCGUCGAACCUCUUUUACGUGGAGGUUGAGGGCACCAUCACGCCAGAGACCGAUGCAGAAUACCUCUUCUCUCUGACAGUCAACGGCACCGCUCGCCUCUAUGUGGAUGGUGAAGAGGUCGUUGACAACGAGACAACCCAAAGACCCGGCGACUCGUUUUUCGGUUCUGGUACCGCUGAAGAAGUUGGGCGAAAACAUCUGGCUGGAGGUCGGAAGUACACCGUACUCGUACAAUUCGGCACGGCUCCGACAUCGAAGAUUGCUAAAGGAGGUGCGACGCAAAUGGGUGUUGGCGGUCUUCAAAUUGGAGGAUGCAUCAAGACAGAUCCUGCUAGUCUUUUAGAAGAAGCCGUCGCGGUCGCGAAACGCGUUGACCAGGUUAUUCUCAGCGUCGGCCUAAACUCCGAAUGGGAGUCCGAAGGCUGGGACAGGGCGCACAUGGAUCUUCCGCCGGGAUCCGACGCGCUUGUCGAAGCUAUCGCGGCGGUCAAUCCUAAUGUCGUUGUUGUUAGCCAGUCGGGCACUCCGGUAACGAUGCCAUGGGCGGACAAGGUGCCAGCUAUCGUGCAGGCAUGGUACGGUGGUAAUGAGACGGGGAAUGCGAUCGCGGAUGUGUUAUUCGGCUCGGCGAACCCAAGUGGAAAACUACCUCUAUCAUGGCCUAUUAGGCUGGAGGAUAACCCUGCAUUUAUUAAUACGAAACCCGAUGGUGGAAAGGUAUUGUAUGGAGAAGGGAUCUAUGUCGGGUACAAGUGGUACGAAAGAACCAAGCGAGAUACACUAUUCGCUUUCGGCCACGGUCUCUCCUACACACAAUUCAAGCUAGAAAAUCUCGUCAUUGCGGAUUCCCAAGAAAGGGACAAUCAAUCGGAUAGUUCCGAUGUGGAGAUACUGGUGGACGUGACGAACACGGGUCUUCGGGAUGGUUCCGAAGUCGUACAAGUCUACGUUGCACACCAAACGGCGACAGUGCAAAGACCUCCGAAAGAACUUAAAGCAUUCGCAAAGGUGCAUCUGCCAAAGGGUGAAAUGAAAUCUGUUAAAAUUACACUGGAUAAGAAAUAUGCCUGCAGCUUCUGGGAUGAGAGCGCCAAUGCAUGGGUUAUGGAACAAGGGACUUAUCACGUUCUAGUUGGAAAUAGUAGUCAGAAUAUCUCGCUCCAGAGACAAUUCGAGGUAGCGCAAACGAAAUGGUGGACCGGCUUGUGAGCCACCCCCUAGAUAUCGAGACGGAAAGGGUAACAGAGAACCAUUCUAAUUAAA